GUGGAUGAAAACCGGCCCGCACAGCCAGCAACCAACUGAGCACCUUGCUUCGAACGCUGCUAAUACAAGCACACCGCUGGUUCCCUGCGGGUGCUCACGGCAGACCCAGUUCGUCAGCCAAGUAGAUGCCGCGCAACCAAGCCGGCUUCCUGCCCAACAGCAGCAGUACGGGAAGAAGCACCUCGCCCGUCAUGUCACCGCAGGACGAGGAAUUACCCGACGCCAGGCUGCUGGGCCAAGCCGAGGAUGACCAAAUCAGCAAGGCAGAGUCAGGGGUCGGGGCUAAGGCAUUAGAGGUUGACUUCGAGCCUGUAGCCCCCCAGAGAGAAGAGACACCGAUGCAGAGGGCCAUCCUGCUCUUCUUUGCCACCGUGGGGCUGCUGGGGUCAUACGUUACCUGGGGCUUCAUGCAGGAAAUGGUAAAGAACACGAUGUACGGGAAGACCGACAGCUUUCCGGGAGAAAAGUUCCCGUCUGACGUAUUCCUUGUGUUCGGGAACCGGCUGCUGGCCAUGGUGGUGGCCGCGGGAAUGGUGAUGCUGCCCUUAAGGAGAGAGCCAGCGGGUGGCUGGGCGCCGCAGGCGCCGUGGCUGAGCUUCGCCCCGUGCUCGUUUUCGAACGUCAUGAGCAGCUUCUGCCAGUAUCGCGCCCUCAACUUCAUUUCCUUCCCGAUGCAGGUUGUGUCGAAGAGCUGCAAAGUAGUACCAGUGAUGCUGGUCGGCAAAUUCGUGCACGGGAAGUCAUACCCUUGGGUGGAGUACUUGGAGGCGGUCGCGAUCGCUAUGGGAGUUAGCCUGUUUUCCUUGUCCCAGUCUGACGGCCAUAAGGAUGGGGAGGAGACCCAUACCAAUUUGUACGGCAUCUUCUUUAUCGCUUCGUACCUGGCGUGCGAUAGCUUCACCUCUCAGUGGCAGGACCGCAUCUUCAAGAAGCACAAGAUCGACCAGUACCAGAUGAUGUUCGGCGUCAACUGCUUCUCCAUCCUGUUCACCACCUCCUCGCUCCUCUGGAACGGCGGGUUCGCCGAGAGCUUCCGUUUCAUGUCCACGUACCCGGCGGCAUUCUUCCACGUGGUGAUUCUGUCGGUCACCUCCGCCACCGGGCAGCUGUUCAUCUUCUACACCAUCAAGAAGUUCGGGCCCAUCAUCUUCACCAUCAUCAUGACCACCAGACAAAUGGUCUCCCUUGUGCUGUCGGCCGUCAUGUUCGGGCACUUGCUCGGGCUUGGGUGCUGGGUCGGGGCGUUCGUCGUCUUCGGCACGAUCGGGUACCGCAUUCGCAGGAAAAUGCAGUCCAGGGGGUAGAAGGACGACCUGCUUGCUCAAGAGUCCGACUACUUUUAGGAAAGGAAACAGGAGAUCUUUAGUGUAGUCAUUGGCUACGUGGGGUCGGAGGAGCGAGCGGUUCACUGGCGGGGUCCGCCGCCCGUUCGUUCGCGUGCGCGAAAGGGGAAGCGCAGAGUGGAAGCCGGUUGCAACGGGGAGGGGGCACAGGCAACGAACGUUCGCUUGUCUGCAGGAUCGGUUUGAACGGUGUCGGAUGGAGACUCCGUGUGCGUAUGCCGGAUGACGACUCCCUCGCGUGUACUCAAGUGGAGGAAGGCGCACAUGCGUUCAUCUCCGGAUUUGUUUGGGGUUGCGUCUGUCCUGUUGUCCGGGGGACAGGGUCAAUCUCUGUGGGAUACCAUCCGGCAGGAAUUGGAACGUACAAUCCUUGGCAACGCCCAUCAUUUUUGCGUAACGUCCUCUUUCUCUCUAAGGAUCUGUGCUCCGUGUCACAGGAUUUCCAAAACCAUUCCCCUUUGAAUCGACGCCUCGGGAGGAGGCGGCGGCAGUCUAGUAUGAACUUCAUGCCGGCACAUCAUUAUGUUGCGUCUGUAGGGUUGGAAUCACAGAACGGUUUGGCUGGGGAUCACCGACCUGGCUGUCCUUUUUGGAAGACGGAGUCGAAUGUUGCUUAUCAUAAUGACGAUAAUGACCAUUGCUUAUCACUUGGGGGGGGUUGUUGCUCGGGACGGAGCAAGCUGCUCCGGACGGGGAACCUUCCAAUUGUUGUGCAACCAAGAGUAAUUUUUAUUUUUGUUCUGUUUUGUGACUGGGCUAUUUGGCGUGAUCAUGUCCCUUCAAGGGCACCGCUGGCCCCCCGAUGUGAGACUUCGACUACUCUCGCCCUCCCCUUUCGUAUGUUCUUUCUAUUGCGUUUUUUUGGUGCUUGUUUUUUUUUUUUGGUCAUUGCCGAAUGGGUGGCGGGCGCCACAGCAGCGGUGGCACUAUUUGGAGAACGGCUUGACGAGCACGCGCCAUGGACGUCGAUGGGCAACGUAAUAUUUGUGGCGAUCGAUUUUUUUCAAUGCUCCGGGGCAAGACGACCGAUCUUCUUGUGCUUUUGCGGCGGCGGCGGCGGCUUACUUGCGUUUUCCCGCGGCUGAGUCAACGUGCGCCGGCCGUACGUGUUUCCUCAGGCGUGUUCCCCCUCGCGGGCGGUCUGAAUGGCCUACCCAGUAUGUAUAAGUCCGAUGUAGGCGGGGGUGGGGGGGGGGGCACUCAUAGUCGUGC